CGUGCGUUUUUACGUUGUGACGUCAUUUCCCUGUGCGCUGAUGCCUUUACAGGCGGUGCCGGUUUGAACAGUCGGUUAGAAUAACGGGCCGGAAACGGUGAAGAAUUUUUGUUGGUUACGGGUUUGUGGCUUGGUUAGGAAAAAAUGGCAGUCAAUGUUUAUUCCACUUCAGUAACGAGUGAUAACUUGAGUCGGCAUGACAUGCUGGCUUGGAUCAAUGAGUCUCUUCAGCUGAACUUUACAAAGAUUGAGCAACUAUGUUCAGGUGUUUCCUAUUGCCAGUUCAUGGACAUGCUAUUUCCUGGCUCUAUUGCACUCAAAAAAGUGAAAUUCCAGGCAAAGUUGGAACAUGAGUUUAUUCACAACUUCAAAAUUCUUCAAGCAAGUUUUAAGAAAAUGGGAGUAGAUAAAAUUAUUCCAGUGGACAAAUUAGUAAAAGGAAAAUUUCAAGACAAUUUUGAGUUUGUUCAGUGGUUUAAAAAAUUUUUUGAUGCAAAUUAUGAUGGAAAAGAAUAUGAUCCAGUGGCUGCACGACAAGGUCAGGAAUCCUCUGCUCCAGCUCCUGUUGUACCUGCUUUGUCGAAACCCAAAAAGACAUUAAGUACUGGGAGUACAGAUGGCAGUCCAAUUUCAGGUUCAGAAAACAGGACACCAAAGAAAGAAGCUGCAUCGACUAUAAAACUGGCGAGAAUUGCUCCACUGAAGCCUGCAGCCCCCAAAACCACAGCUGCCCCCAAAUCAGUAGCGGCUCCUAAAAGGCCUGGAGGUGUGGGUGGUGGAGAUGAGGAAUCUGCAGAACUACUUCAGCAGGUAGGCAUUUAUAUGAUUCAUUGACUGCAUUUUUUUAGACACGUCAUCAGGAGAAAAGGUAAUUCUGUUGAGUAGAAUCAGAUUUGAACUCUAAAGAUUUCAUAAC